AUGUCGCAGAGUUUGUUUCCAUUUUCUGUGUCAGAAGAGAAGGAGGAUGAAUCCGACAGAAAAAGCACCUUCAUAGGUUUCAGUAAACCUCUUCAGACAACUGGAGAAAACCACCCUCAACCACCGGACCUGCAGGGGAGCCUCAUUAUUCAGAGCAAAGCUGCAGAGCAUUACACAAAUGGAAACGAGGCCAUGGGAAAGUGCCAGUAUGAGAGGGCUGUCAUCUGUUUUUCCAAAGCUAUCAUUUUGCAACCCGAGCAGACUGAGCUGCAUGCGAGUCUGGGGGAGGCCUACCUGCAACUGUGUGACUUCCAGUCAGCAGCGGCAUGUUAUAAACGAGCUGGUUUCCUGGAGCCUGGAGCAUAUGAUGCCCGCUUGGCCUUCAUCUACUUCUUCCAGGGUCAGUGUUUGUUUGACCGAGGUCUUUUCCUUGAGGCUCUGAAGGCUUUCAAGAAAGCUGCUGAAGUCAAGCCAGAAUGCAAGAUUUACAAAGUCAAAAGUUUGUCUUGUCUGACAGCUGCAGGUCACCACGCCGACUGUCUCAAGGAGUUGAGUGAAUUAAUAGCUGAGAGUCCCUCGGCUGAUCUUUACAUCUUCAGAGCUCGGGUUCACAAACGAAUCAACCAGGCAUUUCUUUGUUUUCAAGAUGUGAAGUCCGCAUUAACGCUGAAGCCAGCGUGUCAGGAUGCAGAAGCCCUGCUGCUGCAGCUGCAGGAGGCGAGCGAAGAGGCCCGACAGCAGGCGCUUCUCAGGACUCUGGCUGGUCGGCUGCAGGAGGCCCUCUGCUUGAUCAACGUGGCUCUGCAGAGCAGCCAGCAGGACGGGCGCCUCUACCUGUUCAGAGGGAUUUUGCAUCGACGUCUGAAGGACUUCUCAUCAGCCAUCGAGGAUCUGGUCAAAGCUGUGGAGCUCAGUGAGGACGAGCAGGUCACAGGUCAGACAGAGUCUAAAGUCAAGGAGGACCAGGAUGAGCCUGUUCAAGAGGAGGGGCGGAUUCAGCUUGCGCUCACCUAUAAUGAUUUUGCUGUUCAGUGCUUCAGUAGAGGCCUCUACACAGACGCAACUCUGCUUCUCAACAAGGCCAUCAACGAGGAAACUGGCCUGGCUGGUCUGUACCUGAACCGAGGAGAUUGUUUCUUUAAGCAGGGCGAUUGGUGCUACGCUCUCCUCGACUACCAGCAGGCUGAGGAGAUGCUGCCCGAUGAUCCUGCCGUGUGGCUCCGCCUUGCAGUCAUCCACAACACGUUGGGCUCGUUCUGUUUCCAGAACAGGCGUUUCCAGGAGUCCGUGGAUAUGUUUACUCUGGCUCUAAAGUACAACCCGACCAUCGGCCGGUACUACGAGAACAGGUCAAAGGCUUUCCGCAAGGUUCUAAACUUGAGAGAAGCCAGAGAGGACUUUAUCUGUUUGUUGAUCCUGGACCCUGCCAAUGACGAGGUGCCUCCUCUGCUCAUGAAUUUGUUUCCUGGCAGCAGUGUAUCUGAAGUGUUAUCCAGCACAAAAGGACAACUGAUCCAAGCCAAGCUGACUGAAACCAUCCAGGCCUGGCGUUCCUCGUCUGAUCCAUUAAGGCUGAGAGAAAGUGUCCAAAAGACGACUCUGACCAACGAGAACACAAGUCAGUCAGAAAAACUGACUGAAGCUGCAAAGGAGCUGAAUCUGUGUGUGAACGGAAAGGAUGAGCAGAAAAUUGCAAAGGCCCUCCUGCAGGUCGAGGAAGCAGUCAAGUCGUUCACCCCUGAAACCACGGAGCUGAAGAAUCUGCUCCUGGAGGCCCAGAAAGGUCCAGAGAACCUGACGGAGGCUCUAAAAGUCCAGGCUGGAAACAGUCGUUCCCAGCAGGACGAGCUCCGAGCUCUGAUCAACAGCCUCUGA